CCACAAUGGUAACUCCAAUAAUCUUGUUUUUAUAUUUCGUAAUUUAGAUUGUUUUGAGGCAAAAUUCUAGGCAUGUUUCAUUGGCAAAUAUUUCCUAACUACUGUUGACCUUUGACCACCACCAGGGUUAGGGGAACUGACUCUUCACACAGUGGAAAAUCUAGCAAUAAUUUUUAGUCACCCUUCCAUACUCUGGGUUCCUCCCUACCUGUCCUGCAUCUGUGGAUUCAAACAACUCCCUAGUAGUUUAGUAUCAACUAUUGAAGAAAAUCCACAUGUAUGUGGACCUAUUCAGUUCAAAUUGGGGUUGUUCGAGGGUAAAUUGUGUUUAAUAUUUAUUACUAGAUUUUAAUUUUUACAAGUUUUAGAUUUACAGAAAAACUGAGCAGAUAGUAGACUGCCAUACUAUACCCUUUCCCAGUUUUCUCUAUUAUUCACAUUCCCCAUUAUAGGGUGUAUUAUAUACAUUGGGUUUAAAUCUUUAAAAUUAUAGUUGAUUUACAAUGUUGUUAUAGACGUUGUUAAUAACUGUGUGGUAUAGUCAUUAAAAUUAAUGAACAAAGAGUGAUGCAUUAUUAGUCAAUAGUUUAUUCAGAUUUCCUUGAUUUUUACCAACUACCCAUUUUCUUCUCCAAAAUCUCAUCCAGGAUAUAUUACCUUUAGUUAUCAUUGCUUCUUAGAGUCCUCUUGAUUAUAACAUUUCCCCAGACUUUUAUGGGUUUUGAUGACCUUGACAGUUUUAUUUUUUUUGGUUUGUUUUUUGGCCGCUCCCUGGAACCCAAGGAGUCCCACUCUGGGCGCCCCCUGCCCGCGCCCCAUUUGGCUGUGCCGCCGGCCAGAGAGCCUGGCUAACUGGAGCCUGUCGGGCCUGGGCAGUGUUCGGGACCCUUAGACUACAGAGGCGGUGACCGAGAGCGUCCCUCUCUGGGAACUACUAGUUCACCAGGUGAACUACACCAAGAGGCGGCUUGGGCGGUGGCGGGAGGGGGGAGGGGCGCGCGGGAGGGGCGGGGGCCGGGCGCCUAAGAGGCGGAGCCCGCCCCUCACAGCAGCCGCCGGCGCCAAUGUUCUUACCUGCACCCCUCCGGCGCCUGGGGCUUCGUCGGGCCCAAAGUCUGAGACAGAUUAGAGGCGAUGGCCAUAACCCAGAAGUCGUUUACAUCGAGCUGUGGAUGUUACCCGCGUUGUUUGGCGGGGAAGGCGAACUGCUGGCGGCCUUCCACGAGUGGUUCGGGGUAUUACUCGUGAUCAGUGCAGUUCCAGGAUGCGGAGUCUUGAUCUUCAUCAUUGGACGGCCCUUUUACCAGUAUCUUACGAUGCUCCUCAUUGUGGCCAUGUCUUUCCAGCUUCUGAUCCGCCGAAAUCGAGGAACAGUUCAGCUGCGGCUGCAGGCUCUUAGAAGCCAGUUUGGAGUGAAUGGAAGAACUAAAAUGGAAACACACAUGGAACAUGUCUGGUCUAGGAUAGGUCACCCCGCCCUAGGGUGGGGUGGUUUGGAGACCAUAUUUAGCUCCGACCCACGGCCCUUCCUGAAUUCUGAGGGGCCUGUUGGGAAAAGUCGCUUGCACUUGCUUCACAAUCUUGACAACAUGGAGCUCAGGCCGUGGGCCGUACCUGACGACGUUCACGGUUCUUUUGAAGUGUACAUUGAAGAGGACCAGGAGGAGCUCAUCUUUGGCACCCAGGACGAAGACCUCCACCGCAUCGAGGUGCACAGCCAGACCUUCAUUCAGCUGGAGAGCGGCUUCCCCGCCGGCCAGACGCGCGUCCUCAUCGUUGGACAGCUUAAGUCGUGGCUGUGGCUGUUGUGCAUGAUCCUGAGCAUCACGAGCGAGGACCCCCAUACUCAGGCCCGAGGCUUCGAGAUGCUGCAGCUGGUCCAGAGCCGGCCCCUGACCCCGGACGACCUGGCCGACCCCUACCUGCUGUUACUGGACCUGCUGGCAGAGCCUUCUUAAACUUGGCCCUUACUGAGUGUCUGCUUGGUUGUAGAUGCCUUUAGAUUUCUCUUCUUGGUAAUAAAGGACUUUGCUCCUUUCACCCCC